AAUUUCAAACUUUUUCACCAUGGCGAAACUCUUCUUUGCAGUCCUUUUCCUCUUUUUCAACCUUUCACUUGCUCGUACUCCGUUUACUCAACCGGAAAAUGACGUCACACACCUCAAACUUCCUUCGGAAAAUGACCUUGCCAUCCCUGAACUUCCUCAUACUCUACCGGAAUCAGAUGAUUCUGCGCCUGCUGUUAACAUCCCUAGCAAAUCCGAUCACGAAAACACUCGUUCCGUCCAUUCGGUCCCUGUUACGUUAGUCAGAUUCCGGCCGAUCAACCGUAGAUUCAGGCUCCGAUCGAGACUACCGUUCCGCCUAUGUCACCACCUGAAACCGGGAUCACAGCGACAGAUUCCUUAUGGUAAUGAUAUGAUACUGCCUUCUAAGAGAAACAUUGACUUUGAUAAGUUUCUGAACCGUAUUGGUGUGCGUCAGAUUCCGUCGGAUCCGUUCAGUUUCCGCCACCAUCGGUACAAUGAUAAGAAGAUCUGGAAGUUCCUAUACGAUCGCGAGAAUUUUGGGGAAAUGAAAUUGAAGGAUCAAUUACCUCACCAUGACGAAAACGAAGACAAUGAUCACGAACAGAGGCAGAUCUCGAUCAGUAGUGAAAAUCAAGGUAAUUUUGGUGAAAUUAAAUCGAAAAAUGAAAAUGAAUUCCAUGCUCAUGAUGAGUCUGACAAAAGAUCAAAGCUUUAUGUGAAACACUAUGAAAUGAAUUUGAGGAAGCGUUUUCAUUAUAACAAUGGUGAAGAAGGAGAAAAAGCUAAGGAAGAGAAUAAGUGGCAUAAGAGGGAAAAGAAGAAAGGUGGAUUCAUGAGAGGUAUUCGUAAGUUCUUGCAUCACUACUUCGAUUGAAGCAUCUUUGCUUUGAUAUGCUGCAUAUUUGCCUUUUGUGUUGUUGUGUAAAAGAACUAUAGAAGUAUCUAUGUGUUUUGAUGUUGUUGUAAAUAACUUGCAUCCAUGUGAGAUGUAAUAGAAAAUAUAGUACUUGUAACUUAUUACUCUAUACUAUAUCAUAUACGUUUUGU